AUGGAUCAAAUUGGCGCGGAAAACGACGAUCGCGAAAACGAAGAGGUUUUGAAAUCCAAUUCAAAUUCAAGUCCAAAUUCAAAGGAUUUCGAGGAGAAGAAAGACGAAGCAGAAGAAGUUACGGUGAAUGAUCCCGAACAAGAUCAAGGACAAGAAAAAGAUUCAAUGGAGGUGGAAGUAGAAGAAGGUAAAGAACAAGACUCGUUAUCGCAAACUCCCGCCACCGUUUUUCAAAUUCGCCUUGAACAAUCAGACGCCUAUUCACUUCACAAGAUGAAUUAUCCUGAAAUUUGUCGCUAUUUCAGUGCCGUUGCUUGGUGUCCAAAAAUGAAUGCUAUAGCUUGUGCUGCUGAAGCUUGUAUCAGUGAUCCAAGCUCAAUUCUAAGUCCACCAUUUUGGAUUCCUGUACAUAUUGUGAUCCCAGAGAGGCCAACUGAAUGUGCGGUAUUCAAUGUCAUAGCAGAUUCUACUCAUGAUCUCAUCCAGUUUAUUGAAUGGUCCCCUGCCUGUUGUCCCCAUGCACUAUUGAUAGCAAAUUUCCAUGGGAGGGUAACUAUUUGGACUCAGCCAUCUCAAGGGCCAGUUAAUUUUGUAUUGGACACUAGCUGUUGGCAGUGUGAGCAUGAAUGGCGACAAGAUAUUGCAAUUGCUACAAAGUGGCUAUCAGCGGUGUCUCCGUAUAGAUGGCUGUCACCCAAAUCAGGUGUUCCUUCCAUUUCAAAGUCAAUGUUUGAGGAAAAGUUUAUUUCACAACAAUCUCAAACUCCAGCUAGAUGGCCCAAUUUUUUCUGUGUAUGUUCUGUACUCUCAUCAGGCUCAGUUCAACUUCAUUGGUCACAAUGGCCUCCUAGUCAGAAUGCAACAUCACCCAAAUGGUUUUUCACUAAAGGACAAUUGGGUUGUGGGCCCAGAGGCAUUGUGGCCGGUGAUGCUAUCAUUACAGAAAGUGGUAUUCUGCAUGUAGCCGCCGUGCCAUUUGUCAAUCCAUCUACCAUUGUUGUAUGGGAGGUUAUGCCUUGGUCUGGAAGUGGUUUCCUAUUAACUCCAAAGACAAGUAUUAAUAAUGGUGUCCCACCUCGUAGCCAACCCAACUGGAGUGGUUUUGCACCUUUAGCUGCAUAUUUAUUUAGUUGGCAAGAUUUUCUGUUAUCUGAAGAAAAACAAGGGAAAAACCAAACAGACCAAAACCUUGGUGAAUCUAUACGACUUUACUGCUCACCAGUUUCAAAUUUUUCAGCAUAUAUGAGUCCUGAAACCACAGCUAAAUCUGAAGCAACCCCUGCCUGGGGUUCUGGUGUAUCAGCGGUAACCUUUGAUCCGAUUCAUGGUGGUUCUGUUUUAGCUGUUGUGAUAGUUGAAGGGCAGUACAUGUCCCCUUUUGACCUAGAUGAGGGGCCAUCAAUCACAGGGUGGAGAGUGCAACGCUGGGAAUCAUCGUUGCAGCCUGUUGUCAUCCAUCCAAUAUUUGAAGAGUCUGCUUCAAGUAUUGGUGGAAAGCUUCCUAUGCAAGCUGUUUGGCAGUGCAAAGUGGAUAUGAGUAUUCCACCAACAAAUGAUUUCGAGAAUUGUCAAACACCUCCAAUUGGGGACAAUGUCAACGCUUUUGAUCUUCCAAGUGAUAUUAGGGCACUCUCACGAGUUGUUUACUCAGCUCAUGGUGGUGAAAUGGCCAUUGCUUUUUUUCGGGGCGGAGUCCGCAUUUUUUCUAGCUUAAAUUUUACACCUUUAACCAGCUAUCAGAUUGAUGUUGGAGCUGCAAUUGCUGCUCCUGCUUUUUCUGCAACAAGCUGUUGUUUAGCUUCUGUAUGGCAUGACACAAGCAAGGGUCAGACCAUAUUGAAAAUAAUUCGGGUUCUUCCUCCUGCUAUUCCAAUUGGUCGAGUGCAAGCAAAUUCUUCAACUUGGGAACGUGAAAUUGCUGAAAGGUUCUGGUGGAGCCUUUUGGUUGGAAUUGAUUGGUGGGAUGCUGUGGGUUGUACACAAAGUGCUGCUGAGGAUGGUAUUGUUUCACUUAAUAGUGUUAUUGCAGUCUUAGAUGAAGAUUUCCAUUCCCUUCCUACUGCUCUGCACAGACAACAGUAUUGUCAUAGUCUAGACCAAAUAAAGUGUAGGCUACUUGAAGGAUCAAAUUCUCAAGAGGUCAGGGCAGUGAUUCUGGACAUGCAAGCUAGGUUAUUGUUGGAUAUGCUCGGAAAGGGAAUCGAGUCUGCUUUAAAUGACCCUUCAGCUUUAGUGCCUAAUCCAUGGCAGGUAUCUGGUGAGACAUUAUCCAGCAUUGAUCCCGAAGCAGUAGCUGUUGAACCUGCAUUAAAUCCAUGUAUUCAGGCCUAUGUUGAUUCAGUUCUUGAUCUGGCUUCACAUUUUAUCACACGGUUGCGGCGGUAUGCAGGUUUCUGUCGUACACUGGCAAGUCAUGGUGUGACUGGGGGGACUGGAAGCAACCGAAAUAAGGUCACUGGUCCUGCUCAAAAUUCAACAGCUCCUGCAACAAGCCAGGGGGGUGAAAAUGGGACAACCAGUUCUAGUGGAAGCACACAGAUGAAAUCUUUGGUGCAAGGGGAUAUUGCCAAGAUUAGCAACACUUCUGAUGGAGUGUCCAAUCCGACUCUUAAUCCCCCCAUCAGCGGUCCUUCAUCCUUUAUGCCCACAAGCAUUAUUAAUAGAGUAACUUUUCCUAGCUCACCUGGAGUUCGACUUAUUGGGGACUGUCAUUUCCUUCAUAGAUUAUGCCAACUUUUGCUCUUCUGCUUUUUCUUUCGACGAUCACAACUUCCCCGCUAUAUGAGUGGUGUGCAGAGAACUGCCGAUAACAAUACACAAAAGCCUCAACCUAAUGCUUCUGUUCCUGGCAAGGUGGAGGAGGUUGCAAAACCAGUGUCAAGUGUAUUUAGGUCAGAUGACAGUCAGACAGGAAGAGUUCAGCUUGUGCAUAGGUCAAGAGGAGGUGAAGAACAGUCUCUAGGGCGUUCAAGAUUUGGUACUGGAAAUGCAGGUCAGGGGUAUACUUUUGAAGAGGUCAAGGUUCUUUUUCUAGUAGUUAUGGACCUCUGUCGCCGAACUGCUGGUCUGCAACACCCCUUGCCAGUUUCUCAGGUGGGGAGCAGCAACAUUCAGGUUCGGUUGCAUUAUAUUGAUGGGAACUACACUGUACUUCCAGAGGUUGUGGAAGCAUCCAUUGGCCCACAUAUGCAGAAUAUCCCUCGCCCUAGGGGUGCAGAUGCCGCUGGUCUUCUACUACGUGAGCUAGAUCUCAAUCCUCCAGCAGAAGAGUGGUACCGACAGAAUUCGUUUGGUGGACCUUGGACUGAUCUAGGUGAUGAGGAUGAUGCAAGUGAUGCACCAACACUUUUAAAUCCACUUAAUUCCAGUUCAUUGGAAAAUAGUGAUAUCCAUCAUGAAGCCAAUGGCUUCUGGCCAAGGAAGCGCAGGAUGUCUGAACGAGAUGCAGCUUUUGGGUUGAACACUUCAGAGAGUCUGGGAGCUUAUCUUGGUAUUAUGGGAUCUCGAAGAGAUGUUGUUACUGCAUUAUGGAAGACUGGCCUUGAAGGGGUCUGGUACAAGUGCAUAAGAUGUUUGCGGCAGACUUCUGCUUUUGCUUCCUCAGGUUCCACCAACCUUAAUAACCGGGAGAGUUGGUGGGUGAGCCGCUGGGCGUACGGCUGUCCAAUGUGUGGUGGAAGAUGGACUCGAGUUGUAUAG